AGUGUAAAAUUAUAAUUAAAACUGCUGAAAUAAUUGUAUUCCGUCAUUCGUUACAUAUUUAAUUGCAAUGCCCAUGCAUAUGAAACGUGAUCCCAUCACGAACUACUACAAGACGAGCUCCAUUAUAUUGGCCGGCCUCGGCGUGGCGGCCGUAGGCUUCGCUGGCAAACACCUGCUGCGCCGCAUGCCGCAGAUGACGUCAAAGUUCAACGAGGCCCUCAAGAACUUGCCCAAGUUCGAUGCCGAGAGCAUGGCCAAUGCCAAAUACUACAAAGGCGGCUUUGAUCCCAAAAUGAACAAACGCGAAGCGGCGCUCAUCUUGGGCGUCAGUCCCAGCGCCUCCAAGCUAAAGGUCAAGGAUGCGCACAAGAAGAUCAUGCUGCUCAAUCAUCCCGAUCGCGGUGGAUCACCAUAUCUGGCGGCUAAAAUCAACGAGGCCAAAGACUUUCUGGAUAGCGCGAAAUAAUUAUAUUCAGAGCUUUGUAAAUAAAUAUGUAUAUAGCUGUAAGACGUAAAUAACUAUCGAUCCCCAAUUGUA